AUGUCUAACCACUCCACCGUUCACGUUUCAGGCAUCGCCCCCGCAACCUCCGAGAAGGACGUCCGCGACUUCUUCAGCUUCUGCGGAAAGAUCGUCUCUCUGUCCAUCACCCCUGUCUCGUCCGAGGCCGACGCCCCAAAGUCCGCCAGCGUCACUUUUGAGAAGGAAGCUGCCGCGAAGACUGCUCUGCUCCUCGACCAAACCCAAUUGGGCAGCUCCUCCGUCCACGUCGAGGCCGCCUCUAACAUCGAUGACCUUGCCGGCGAGAAGGCCACUGCCCACACUGAAAAGGAUGAUGAAGACGAGCUCUCCCAGGAGGACAAGCCUCGCUCCCGUAUUAUCGCCGAGUACCUCGCCCAAGGCUAUGUGGUUAGCGACAACGCAAUUCAGAAGGCCAUCGCCUUGGACCAGAAGCACGGCUUCUCCAACCGUUUCACCUCCGCCUUGAGCAACUUCGACAAGAAGUUUAACGCUACCGACCGCGCCAAGGGUCUCGAUGAGAGCUACCAGAUCACCAGCAAGGCCCAGACCGGCUGGAGUAGCCUGCACUCUUACUUCGAGAAGGCCCUCGAGCACCCUUCCGGCCGUAAGCUGCGUGAGUUCUACUCACAGACCGAUAAGCAGGUCCGCGAUAUCCACAACGAGGCUCGUCGUCUUGCCGAUCUGAAGCAGGGCAAGAGUGAGUCUGGUGCUACGGGCGAGACUGCUGGUGUUGCCCCGGCUUCGGCUUCUGUGGCUGAAGCUGCUGGUGCUGCUCCUCCUGCUGAGCCUAAGGCAUAA